UGUCGCAGCGUGGAGGAAUUCCAGUGUUUGAACAGGAUUGAAGAAGGAACUUACGGUGUGGUGUACAGGGCAAAGGACAAAAAAACUGAUGAAAUUGUGGCUCUGAAACGACUGAAAAUGGAGAAGGAGAAAGAAGGUUUUCCCAUUACUUCUCUGAGAGAAAUAAAUACAAUUCUGAAAGCACAGCACCUAAAUAUUGUCACUGUCAGAGAAAUUGUCGUGGGCAGCAACAUGGAUAAAAUCUAUAUUGUGAUGAACUACGUGGAACACGACCUCAAGAGCCUGAUGGAAACAAUGAAACAGCCUUUUCUACCAGGUGAAGUAAAGACCUUGAUGAUUCAGUUACUGCGAGGGGUCAAACACCUCCACGACAACUGGAUCCUACACCGAGACUUGAAAACCUCCAACCUGCUGCUCAGUCACUCAGGCAUUCUAAAGGUUGGAGAUUUUGGAUUGGCCAGGGAAUACGGAUCCCCCUUGAAACCCUACACCCCUGUGGUGGUGACAYUGUGGUACAGAGCCCCAGAGCUGCUGCUUGGAGCAAAGGAAUAUUCCACAGCCAUAGACAUGUGGUCAGUGGGCUGUAUUUUCGGGGAGCUGCUGACACAGAAGCCGUUGUUCCCAGGAAAGUCAGAAAUCGACCAGAUUAACAAAGUUUUUAAGGAUCUGGGGACUCCAAGUGAAAAAAUCUGGCCUGGUUACAACGAGCUGCCAGCAGUGAAGAAAAUGACCUUCACAGAGUAUCCCUACAACAACCUGCGCAAAAGAUUCGGGGCUCUGCUCUCUGACCAGGGCUUCGACCUCAUGAACAAGUGAGUGCCAAAUUCCAGACCAUCCCUGGCAAUA